AUGUCAGUCAAAGUCAAAAAAGAGGUGAACCAAGUUCCUAAAUUAAAAUCGAGCAAGCGACGUGCUGAAACCCAACCUGAUGGUAUUCCAAAGAAAACGGUUAAACUUAAAGAAAAACAAGAAGCAAGAAAGCCGGUUGGAGAUGAUUUGUCUAAAGUACGCAAAACAAAGCAAGUUAAACAUAAAUUUGGAAAAAAGAUUAAGACCCCUUCAAAAGCGUUCUUAGAUAAGAAAGAGCGCCGCCUGUUAAGGCUAAAGUCAAAAAAACACUCUGAAGUGGUAAUUAAACUACUGCCAAUGUGGGAGCAGUUUCGACGAGAUGACGUGUCUAAGGAGAAACGAUUUGAAUGCAUUCAAGAAGUGUUGAAAAUUUCAAAGAAAAUCAUACCCGAUUUAUGCAUGGCUCAUGAUACUUCUAGAAUAUUGGAAGAUUGUGUUAAAUAUGGUACAGAGUCACAACGUUGGCAAAUUUUCAGUGAAGUUCAUACAAAUUUGGUUAUUCUGGCUAAAUCACGUUAUGCAAAAUUUGUUAUAUUAAAACUAAUAAAAUACGGUGACAAACAACAUGUAUUGGAAAUGUUCAAGGCUUUUAAAAAUCGUAUUCAACGUUUAACUCAACAUAAAUAUGCAUCCGAAGUUGUAGAUACGCUAUAUAAUGACUAUGCGACAGCAUCACAACGUAGUGAAAUGAUUCAAGAGUUUUAUGGGAAUCGACAUGCUCUCCGACUUGGUGAACAUAAAUUAUUCACACUUGAAGAUACUUUAAAAUUGCAUCCAGACAAAAGUAUUGCGAUACUUAAUAAUCUUACAAAAAUACUCAUCAAUUUAGUAUCAAAAGGUCUCAACAAAUACAGUAUUGUUCAACAUUUACUAUUAGAAUAUUUACGUAAUGCUGUAUCAUCAUUCUCACAAGCAUCAUCAUUGUUUAACAAUGAAAAGAAAUCGAAUGUGAAUAUAAUAACUGAAUCAAAUGAAACUGUUGUACCAUAUUUGAUCGAUGAACCAGUUGAUUGCAAAUCUACUACGAAUAACACUGAUGAUAAGGAUGAUGAUGAUGAUAUUAUUCCCAAAUCAUUCUAUGAUAAUUUUAUCACUCUACUUGAACAUUUAAUUGAUGGUCAAAUAGUACCAAUGUUGCAUACACGUGAUGGUGUACGUGCUGCGUUGAGAAUAUUAUGGUUAUGUAAUCCACAAAAACGUAAAGUAUUAGUGAAAAAUUUAAAAACAUGUAUACAAAAUAUUGCAUUCAAUGAACAUGGACAUUUGUUUAUUAUUGGAUUAAUUGAUUCAGUGGAUGAUAUUGUCUUAUUACAGAAAACAAUAUUUCGUGAAAUAUUAGACGAUUUAGAGUUGUUUGUUAUGCAUCCUAAUGCACGUAAAAUACUAUUGUAUAUGUUAUCACCGCGGGAUCGUCGUCAUUUCUCUCCACAAUUCAUUCAUAGUGUAUUAGUUCCAGGUGAUACAAAUAGUUAUACUAAAAAAUUACUUGGUAUACGUGCAUUAGAAUUACGUCAAUCACAAUCGUUAGUGUUACCAGCUUUGUUGAAUUUAGUAAAUGAUAAAUUGAUCGAAUUAUUUAUUGGUGAUACACUGAGUGAAGUUGGUUUGUUAACAAGUAAAGAUUUAGGUCGUCUUGUAUUGUUAAGUGAAAUUCUUGAUAAAAGCGCUCCUCACAGUUUCAAUGUAGAUAGUCUAUUAUCAACCUAUAAACGUACAAAUGAUGAUUCACGUGUUCAAUUCGGAAGUUCUAGCAUUACAUCAACCGAUUUAUCAACUUAUAAAGCAUUAAGAAAAUCUGCUUUACAAAAACUUGUCAUGCAUGUUUUAGUGCCAGAAUUCAAUCCAACUGGCAAUGAUGACGACGACAAUGAUGCUGCUGAUGCUGUUGUUAAUAAAAAAAUUCACUUGAAACAACACAAACCAAAAGGCAAUCGUAAUGAUUUACGUUUAUCUCGGCAUAAAUUAGCCGUUUCAUUAGUGGAAACUUAUUUAGCUAAACAAAAGAAUCCAAAGAUUAAAUCAUUUUUCAGUGGAAAUGAAUCAUUAAUCGAUAAGAAAGAAGAAGAAGAAGAAGAAGAAGCGGAUGCUGAUGGUGAUGAUCAUGUUAAUGAGAAUGAUCAACAUAUGUCUGUUGAUGAAACAUUUUCAAUGAAUCAUACAAAUUCGAAACCAUUUAUUGAACGUCCAGAAGGUGUUUAUUUAAUACGUCGUUUAUUACAAAUAGAGAAAGAGACUAAAGUUUUUACAUUUGCUCGACUGAUUAUAAAGUAUGUUCCAGCUGAAAAUUUCCAAUCUUGGAUCAAAUGCAAUCGUACUUGUUAUUUUUUAGUAAAUCUAUGGGAACUUGGAAACGAAAAAAUUUGUCAUGCACUGAAAGAAGCUUUAAAUCCUGUUAUGGAAAUUUUGAAGAUAUCACCGUUAUCUAGUGCUAAAAUUUUGUACAAUCAUUUAAAUCAACAAUAA